GAACAGCCAGGGUACCUUGUACACAGUGGCUGACAUCAGGCUGUUUGGAUGGGAUGGAAGCUGGACCUUCUACAGCAGCCCAAAGCGGGUAUGUGCCACCCCUGCAGCAAGUGUUCCAGGCUCCACGCCGGCCUGGGAUAGGAACAGUGGGAAAGCCAAUAAAACUCCUUGCCAAUUAUUUUGAGGUGGACAUUCCCAAGAUAGACGUCUAUCAUUAUGAGGUUGACAUUAAACCAGACAAAUGCCCUCGGCGUGUAAACAGGGAGGUUGUGGAAUACAUGGUGCAACACUUCAAACCACAGAUUUUUGGGGACAGAAAGCCUGUAUAUGAUGGGAAAAAGAACAUCUAUACUGUUACAGCUUUGCCCAUUGGCCAUGAACGGGUGGAUUUUGAGGUGACAAUCCCUGGUGAAGGGAAGGACAGGAUCUUCAAGGUGUCUAUUAAAUGGAUGGCAGUUGUGAGCUGGAGGAUGCUUCAUGAAGCUUUGGGGAGUGGACGAAUUCAGCUACCGCUAGAAUCUGUGCAAGCCCUAGAUGUCGCUAUGAGACAUCUUGCCUCAAUGAGGUAUACCCCUGUGGGACGCUCCUUCUUUUCUCCACCUGAAGGCUAUUAUCAUCCCCUGGGUGGAGGGCGAGAGGUCUGGUUUGGGUUCCAUCAGUCUGUACGUCCAGCAAUGUGGAAUAUGAUGCUGAAUAUUGAUGUAUCUGCUACUGCUUUCUACAAAGCCCAGCCAGUGAUAGAGUUUAUGUGUGAAGUUCUUGAUAUCCGGAACAUAGAUGAGCAGCCAAAACCUCUCACAGACUCACAAAGAGUUCGUUUCACCAAGGAAAUAAAAGGUUUAAAAGUUGAAGUCACACACUGUGGGCAGAUGAAAAGAAAAUACAGAGUGUGUAAUGUUACCAGAAGACCAGCCAGUCACCAGACAUUCCCACUUCAACUGGAGAGUGGCCAGACAGUGGAGUGCACAGUAGCACAGUAUUUCAAGCAGAAGUAUAAUCUGCAACUUAAGUACCCUCACCUUCCUUGUCUGCAGGUGGGGCAGGAGCAGAAGCACACAUAUCUACCUCUGGAGGUCUGUAAUAUUGUACCUGGCCAGCGAUGUAUCAAGAAGCUGACUGACAAUCAGACCUCUACAAUGAUCAAAGCCACAGCCAGGUCUGCCCCUGAUAGACAAGAAGAGAUCAGCAGGCUGAUGAAGAAUGCCAGUUACAACCUGGACCCCUACAUACAGGAGUUUGGAAUCAAGGUGAAGGAUGACAUGACAGAAGUUACAGGACGUGUCCUCCCAGCACCCAUCUUGCAAUAUGGCGGCCGAAACAGAGCAAUUGCCACCCCAAAUCAAGGAGUAUGGGACAUGAGAGGAAAACAGUUCUACAACGGUAUUGAAAUAAAAGUUUGGGCCAUCGCUUGUUUCGCACCUCAGAAGCAGUGCAGGGAAGAAGUGCUCAAAAAUUUUACGGACCAGCUGCGAAAGAUUUCAAAGGAUGCUGGGAUGCCAAUCCAGGGUCAGCCAUGUUUCUGUAAAUAUGCACAAGGCGCCGACAGCGUGGAACCUAUGUUCAGACACCUCAAAAACACUUACUCUGGGCUUCAGCUUAUUAUAGUCAUCCUACCAGGAAAAACUCCUGUAUAUGCGGAAGUAAAACGCGUUGGAGACACUCUUCUUGGGAUGGCCACUCAGUGUGUACAGGUUAAAAAUGUAGUCAAGACAUCUCCGCAGACACUCAGCAACCUCUGUUUGAAGAUUAAUGUCAAGCUGGGUGGGAUCAACAACAUCUUAGUACCUCAUCAACGUUCUGCAGUAUUCCAGCAGCCAGUCAUUUUCCUUGGAGCAGAUGUGACACACCCACCUGCUGGUGAUGGCAAGAAGCCUUCAAUAACUGCGGUAGUAGGCAGCAUGGAUGCCCAUCCAAGUCGGUAUUGUGCCACAGUGAGGGUUCAGCGACCUCGGCAAGAGAUUAUUGAGGACCUGUCCUACAUGGUGAGAGAGCUUCUCAUUCAGUUCUACAAAUCUACCCGCUUUAAACCCACGCGCAUCAUCUUCUACAGAGAUGGGGUACCUGAAGGACAGCUUCCACAGAUCCUGCAUUAUGAACUUUUGGCUAUCCGUGAUGCCUGCAUCAAAUUGGAGAAAGACUACCAGCCAGGCAUCACCUAUAUAGUUGUACAGAAACGCCACCACACAAGACUGUUCUGUGCUGACCGGAGCGAAAGGAUUGGAAAAAGCGGUAACAUUCCAGCAGGAACCACAGUCGAUACCAACAUCACACACCCAUUUGAGUUUGACUUCUAUUUGUGCAGUCAUGCGGGUAUUCAGGGCACCAGCCGUCCCUCCCAUUACUAUGUUCUAUGGGAUGACAACAGAUUCACGGCUGAUGAGCUGCAGAUUCUUACCUAUCAGCUGUGUCACACUUAUGUACGCUGCACUCGCUCUGUCUCCAUCCCUGCGCCUGCCUAUUACGCACGGUUGGUAGCUUUCAGAGCACGGUACCACCUUGUGGAUAAGGAACAUGAUAGUGGAGAAGGCAGUCAUAUCUCUGGGCAGAGCAACGGGAGGGAUCCUCAGGCCUUGGCUAAAGCAGUGCAGGUUCACCAAGAUACAUUACGCACCAUGUAUUUUGCCUGAUGAGUCUAUAAGCACCUUGCUGAUGGAAACCUUUCGUGUCUGACUUGCCGGCCCUAAAACGUACCUCAGCUUCUCAAAAAGGAUUGUGUCUCCUAAGGGCAAGAUCCCUAUAGAAGGAAGGGUACCUGCAACCCUACACACCCAAUACAGCCCAGUGGGACCAACUUAGAGAUCACAGCAGACACUGAAUAUGAUUUAUUUUUGUUUUUUUGCAUGCUGUGGAAGUGGUACAGAGGAUGAAGAAAAAACCUAAUGGGACCAUCUCCUCCUACAUGAUGAUGCAUCCCUGGAAUCUUUCACUAGAACACCUGUGACUGCCACGGCAACAUUUUUAUUCCUUGAAGACUUGAAAUGCAAUACUAGAAACAGAGAAACUGUGAGAAACUGAUUCUCAUUCCCAUUAAGGGAAAUGGAUUUUAAUUAGCAGAAUAUUUGGGGAUGAGAGAGACGAGCAGUAUAGAGCCUUAAACAAUGGAUUAUAUUAUGUCCCUUUUUUGAAUAAUGUAGUUCUAGUGAGGUAACAGGUUACUAGGCUUACAAUAUUAUAAUCUCUGUAAGUGCUCCCUCGUCACGCAUUUCACAAUGGACACUCAAGCACUUAAAACAUAACCAGCACAUUUCUAAAUAUUCUGUUAAACAUUAUGUAGCACUGACCACUUCACUCCAGACUGUGCAGAUCAGAAGUGAGUGUGGUUUGAAUCUAAGUACAAGAACUAGAUUGCACUGGGUUUAUAACACCUGAUGUCAUUUUGAAUUUUAAAAGAAAAAAAACAAAACAAUUACAGGAUUCACAGGCAAGUGAAGGCCAAAACUGUAUGCUAUUGAAGAGCUUGUAAUUUCCCUUAAAAUCUACAGGUGCCAUAUACUGAAGCAAAGUGGAGCUGGGUUACAUUGAAGCAAUAGUGUGGUAUUAUCAAGUGAUAACUGACUCCCACGUGCCUUCAUACCUUAGAAUGGUUGUUUUCCACAGUAGUGAAUGAAUCUGGUGCUAAGUAUAUAAUGUUCAGGAGUGUCACGUGACUGGCUUCAGCAAGUAAUAGUUACAAAGAGGACUGUGUAUUGUGCCUUGACCGAUCUACCCUGCAUAGGACGUAAACCGGGCUGGAAUUCAUGAUUCUCCAAAUCUACAAAGUGAUAAUAAUGGCACUAAAUAAAUUAUCAAAGAUAGUUAAGUAAAAUAUGAACCAGUCUCUGCACAAUCUAUAUAGACUUGAUUAUUUAAACCAACUUCUUUAAUUCAAUGAAGAUGAGGGAUCUUCAAAGACAACCUACAUUCUACAAUCUCAUUCUCCCCCCUGAAUUUCUGAGUUUACAAGCAAUUUUGCGAUUUCUUGCUGGUAAGACCCAUAUACGGAGCUUGAGCAGCAUGAUAGAAAUCUGUCGUUGAAGACACAAUGCCACAACUUUAUGCUG